AUGGAACAGACCAUGCAAAAGAUGGAUGCGGAUUUCAAGCGGUUCAUCACAGAGGUGGACGGCAAGCUAUCUUCUCUUUUGGAGGAUGUAGCAAACCUUGCGGAUGGAGUGAAGGACGUGACGGAGUUACAAAACGAAAUUUCAGUCCUUAAAAAGGCCCUCAGCAAUGAAAGCCUUACUGUCCCGAAGGUGAAGGUGCCGGAACCGAAAGCUUUCCAUGGAGUUCGUAAUGCCAAGGAGUUGGAGAACUUCCUAUGGGACAUGGAGCAGUACUUUAUUGCUGCCCAUAUCCCCAUCCAUGAGCAGGUUUCCAUUACUAGCAUGUAUCUUGCCGGAGAUGCCAAACUAUGGUGGAGGACUCGAACGCAAGAUGAUAUGAAUGUGGGCAGACCAAGAAUCGAAGAGUGGAAUAACUUGAAGAAGGAGUUGAAGGUUCAGUUCCUUCCUUGCAAUGCCGCAUGGAUUGCAAGAGAAUCUCUCAAGAAGCUAAGACACACAAGCUCGGUUCAUGAGUAUGUCAAGGAGUUCAGUUCCUUGAUGUUGGACAUCUCCAACAUGUCAGAAGAAGACAAUCUGUUCAAUUUCAUGUCGGGAUUGCAACCUUGGGCGCAAACGGAGUUGCGAAGACAAGGGGUAAAAGACUUACCAAGUGCAAUGGCAGCGGCGGACAGCUUGGUGGAUCUAAACUUAGAUCAUCAUCCUGCAACAAACAAUGGCAAGGAUGCCACUUCGAAAGGAUCGAAGAAGUUUGAAGCAAAGGAGAAGGGUAAAGCUAAUAGUUCAAAGAAUCAGUCCCAAGACAGAAACAAGUGGAGUUCGGGUUGCUUUAUAUGUGCCGGUCCUCAUUUAGCACGACAUUGUCCUAAGAAUGAGCAGUUGAAUGCAUUGGUUGCCGAAGAAUCAAGCAGCGAUGCAGCGGAGAAAGCUCUCCUUAGUCCUAUGCAAUUGUUAAACGCUUUGACAAUUGUGGAGUCAAAGAAGGAAUCAAUGUACAUGCCAAUCAAAGUUGAUGGUGAAGAGGUGCUAGGAACGUUGGACAGUGGAGCAACAAUUAACUUUGUCGAUGUCGAAGUAGCUAGAGAGCUGGGAUUAGAGAUGAGUCAGAACUCAAGCAUGGUAAAGGCUGUGGACUCGGAGGCCAAAUCAGUCGAAGGUACCACGACGGUAUGCAUGAAGAUUGCAGUUUGGGAGGGCGAGUACAGUUUGCUUGCAGCAGCUUUAGAUGAUUAUGAUUUGAUCCUUAAUAUGGAGUUCUUCCGAAUGGCGAAAGUAGGGACGGUUUCUUACUUGGGUGGGAUUUUCUUUGUGAAUGAGAAGUUCCCAUGCUUUGUAGAAGCAAAAGAUGCGGAUCAACUGCUGUACCGCAUGGAAAAUCAACUUGUUCGGGAUGCUCGUCAGUCAAAAGCAAGAGUGAAGAAAGGGGAAACAAGGCCGGAUGCAACCUUGAUGGAGAUCAAGCCGGAGAAGAUUCUUAUAGUACCCGAGAAUGUGGUGCUUCCUCUUAGCUAUGUGAAAGACUACAAGAUGAAGUUGGAAGCUAGUGCAAGAAGACCUCAUGCACAAGCAUUUCAUGGAGCGGUGCCAUUGGAGAAAGCGAAGCAGCGGAGACACUAUGGUGUGUUGCAAGAAGCAGGUCCGAGGAGACUUUCCAAAGUUCGCUAUGGCGCUGAGUUGUUGCAAAUGAAGCAACAAGGUUUGAGUGAUCAUGACAAUUAG